AUGACUGGAAUGUCUGGUGGAGUGUCGGAGCUCCUGUCCAGACUCAACAAGAUACAGCACCUCCAUGUGACAGCAACAGCUGCAGCACACUCACUUCACUCCGUCACAGACCGUGUCUCGCCAGGCGACCUGCGCUUCCUUCCUCCCUCACUCGCAGCCACACUCAAGGGAGAUACAGAGGGAAGGAGAACCAAGUGGCCAAAGCUCAUUAUAAGAGUAGCCACGUGUAAAGGAAUUGUGGGUACCGGUGACUUGCUGGGGUAUGUGAGCCUCCGCAGCGGCGCCUCACCUCUCCACCCUCACCACGUGUCCCGCUGCUCCACUCUGCUGCUCAUCCUCCUCCUCCUCGGCUGCCAACAACCUGUCUCCUGUGACGGCACCACAUCCUCGCCCCCAGCGCCUUCCUCACCAGGGACACCGUCGCCCUCACAGACACACCACACGACAGACCUUCAGGAACACACGUCGCCUGGAAUAUAUCAGCAGGAUCCUCCACUGGACAACAUGUUUGGGGACUUUGAGCACGCCUCCACUCCCUCCUUUCAGCAGACAUCAGGUGCACCCAUGCCACGCCGCCGCUCGCCACCCAAAGCUGACAAAGUUGUCAACGGCGGCAGGUGGGCAGCGGGGCGGCAGACGGAGGCCAGACGCGGCUUGGCUCGGUGGAAAGUUGGCGCGAGAGUAACGCAGGACGGGGAGUUUCCCUGGGCGUCAUUUGGUGCAGGUGCGAGACAAAGGCAGGGUCGUGUGGGUCAUCUGGGACGCCUUAAUGAACAGGCAUUCCCCACAGGCCCUCGAGGUACGCCCAACCCGGGCGGGGGACAGGGGGCGGUUCUCCCCAGCGCAGGAGCAGGAGUGUUCUCUUCACUGCCAGACACGGCCGCUGACGUCGUGACCUUACCUCCACUCCUGCUUGAGAGGAAGAUGAAGCUUAUCGACAUAAAAGAGGACAAAAGAGUGCGGGCUGCCACAGCCAAGUGCAUUCUGUGCAGCGCUGAUCUGAUCCUCGGUGGGCGUAAGGCCGCUGCCCCCGCCCCGGAGGGACUCAGAAAGGAGGGAGGGGAUGAGAAGCAGGAAAAGCGCAAAGAUCAACAGCAAUACAGACUGAUGAUGACAAAGUGUGACGCGUGUUUGAGGAAUGGCGAGGUGGUCGGCCAAGGUGUCGCCGGAAUCCAGGGCGGGGGCGGGGCGGCGAGGGAGCGACAGGCACACCAGGAGAAGGCGAGGCACAGUGACGGAGCGACACCACACCGCGAAGAAAAAAUCUUUAGUACAAAUGUUCUUUUCAACGCGGAUAAUAUCGCCACCUGGUCCCCGGUGGCUGGCGACGCGACGAUAGGACAUGUGCCGCCCCUGGACGGCCACUCGAGGGCGAGGAGGCCAUUUGGAGAGUCUCAGGUCGUGCACAGCGAUCCUGACGCACGGAGAUCACGUACAGCCCAGCACACACACCCACUGGCUUCCGUGCCCCGCCUCACGCCCACUACCGUCCCAUCAUUGAUCCCGGGACAGGGCGGAGACAGAAAGUCCCCGGCGGCAGCCCCGCACAAUGGGGAUGAAGCCAGCGUGCCCCACAAUGGAUCACAGGAGCGCCACAGUUUAGCCGACGAUGCUUCACAAGUAGAGGCAGGGCUAGGUGAGGGUGCUCAGAGGCUCUCCUCCCCCGGCCCACACCCGUGGCUCCGCCCCCGCCACCUCCGCCAUCCCUCGCCCCUCAACAAUGGGGAGCGCCCUCCAUCCCGCCCGUGGCCCAAGCAGGUGAAGGAGGGUAAUAUCUCGCCACUUACGACUUCUACUGAAGAUACCAGGAGGGGAGGCGAAGAGAGAGGUACGGACAAUCCUGAUGAAACAAUGGACGUUCCGUAUAUCGCCGAUGCUUUCCCUCUGAGUGUGGCUGAAGGGGAGGCCCACGGGGAUAUUAAACCUAAACUUAUAUCACGACCCCAGGAGGAAGAGGAGGAAAAGGAGGAGGAGGAGGAGGGCUCUCUCGUAGGUGGAAUAGUGAUAGUAUUCCGGCGCGACGCUGCUGAGGAGAGAGAGACCCACGUGACGCACAGCCAUUUGUCGGCCCCUACAGGAGAAGUGAUCGACUUUGUCUCAAGUGAAGAGGACCAACAACAACAACAACAACAACAACAACGAGAUAAGAAACACACGAGCCUGAGGUCCGUGCGCGGCGGCCCACCCUCCGGCCUGGUUACUGGAAAACACCGGCAGGGGUCAAGACACAAUGAGGGGAAGACGUUAAGUAGGUCGCCAGUGUCGCCUGAUGCAGUCACCAGCAAUGGGGAUUUUUUUGAGCUCAGCGAAGGUAUUAUUAGAGAGUUUGUUUCCUGGUCGGUUUGGGGAGCGGGGAGGCUCCGUGUGGGUGCUGGGGGUCCCAUACUAGCAGGAGGGAGGGGCAGGACCUUUGACCCCUCGGUGACCCCUCCAGUGGUAAUUUACUGCGAUGCAGCGAGUAGCAGUAACAGUAAAGGGUGUUUUGUAUCCUGCCGCCGCCAGGAGUCCGCCAAUAGCUCCGCUGUAGGGCGUCGCUACACCUGCAGAGCCAGGUGGAGGGGCAAGAGGAGUGUGGAAGGGGCGGCAGGCGGGACGAGAACUGAGAAAAGCGGAGAUAAGCCACACAAGCGGCAGCGCGUCGGGAUAGGGCGAGGGAGUCCCAGCAGGGAGUGGAAAUGGACAGGGUGGAGUUUGGGUAGAGGACAGCACCGAGGGAGACGCAGGAGAGGGACCAAGCCGUCCUUCAUUUACGACAAGGAAGGGCGGCGGCUGCCUAGUCUGUACUCCAGGUGGGUGGCGGCGCUAAGGAGACGCUCACACAAGGGCGACAGGAAGGCGGAGGCAGGCAGCGUCCUUCACUUCAUCGACGCGGCGGUGGGCAUGGGUUAUCCGGCUCGACAUGCGGAAAUACCCGCGACACUCACACAAUUUCAGAACCUAUCAGACAGGCCAGAAGUUUCCUCUACUUUGAACUUAAAUAAGAAAGUUUUAAAGGUCCAAUCGAAUAUCAAACAUGAAGAGAGGGCAGAGACAUUUUCCCGCACCCCACGGUACUCUCGAGCCAGGUCCCCGAGGGCAACCACCACACCAAGGCGGGCGCAGCGCUCCCCGCCUCCAGAUGUGUCUCGCUCUGCUGAUUACAGGAGAAUGAGAACGGAAGAGGGCCUUACUUUGUCCUUAAAGACAUCCGAUCAGGAGAACUCUGUCAUCGUCCCGGAGGAAGAAGCUGCUUAUAUAAACAAAGACGAACUGGAAGAGGCAAGAGAAGUCGUAACAAAUACGUCUUUGAAGGGCGCUGCGACCAUUGAAUACACUGCUCCCAUGAACGACGGAAACAAUCCAUCUUGUGAGCUUAGCGCCACUGCCGCGAGUGACAGUAGAGGCAACGACAGCGGCAACUUUUCUGCCGCAGCGUGUGGCGCCAGUGACCAGCAGCAACGAAGCACGGAAGAGUCACCCAUCGAGAAUACACAGAUUCUCAACGGCACUCGUGGUGACCAGAUUGAGCCCGCCCUGCCCUUCACGCCACACACAGAAGAAGUAAUGACACAGUUUGAGGAGAUCGAUCUAGCACAGCGAGAUGGGAGUACGUCUGCACCACCAGGAGUGAUCGACGAUGCAGGAAGAAAAGAUGAGGUGACGAACAGCGUGGUGAUUAGUGAUGUGGAAGACGAGGCAUUAGACGGCGCCAACGCUGACAGCAAUAAUAGUUACAACAGCACAGACAACAAUUAUGUGUACCAACACCAUAACUAUAGCAACGCAGGCAGCAAUGAUGUCUACCAACACCACUACUUUAGCAACACUAGUACCGGCAGGAACGUUAGUAAUGAAGAGAAUAUUCCGGUCGUCAUCCAUAACAACUGUAGCGGCAGCGGUGACAGUAACAAUAUUAAUAACAAUAGCAUUACCAGUGCAAAUGAGCGCAGCCGUCGAGCAACAGCAGCAGCAUCAGAAGCAGAGGCAAAAGCAGCAGCAGGCGAGAAAGAAACAGGAACUGGGAGCAGCGUGUCUGGUGGAAUUGUCCCUGAGGCGUGGCACAGGACGGGACAAACUCCCUCCCGCAGGCUGGGUGACAGAUCCGGUGCUCGCAUCUAUGCACGGGGGCUGUACUGGGGGCAAAUAGGGAGAAAAAGCAGAUUGCAAAGGCUUUACCAGUCCCGUCUGCCGUCUGCUUACCUCCCAUCCAGUCCCUGGGCCGCGCGAGUGCAUGGCUACUCCCGGGGUCACUCGAGAGCGUCCGUGCGGGCAAACUGGCCGCUGCUGCCGCUUUCCCGCAAGAAAACAACAGUCCGUGCGUUGUGGGACUUGAGCCACAACGACCUGCGGGAAGCGACGGGGCAGCGGUCAGCGAGUCCCCAGGCACAGGCUGGCCUGAUGACUGUUCCUGACGGUGGUGAAUCUUCGCGUCCUGUUGAGGGCACUAACCUCACCAGCAUAUCCGGAGCGUUUUAUUACAGAGCUUCGCAGAAACUACACAAAUCGGGGGCGAGCGCUGGGCAGGUAGUCAGUCCGCAGCACUCCAGCAAUCACCGUGUGGGGCCACUGGAGGGCCAUGACAGAUUAGCCGCGCUGAGCCACGCCCAGAAAUUGAGUAGUGGGCUUCGUGAUGUCUCGGUGGCGGCAGGUGUCGGAGGCACACCCACGACUCCUCAGCCGUUGGGCCGCCGAUCUCUCCGCAGGAAAACUUUGAACCCGAGCGCCGCCCCUAAGCGAACAGUGCCCAUCCUGGGACUGUUUGACCUGACGGUGAGAGGGAAACCGCGUCUCGGUGGUCGGUCUGAGCUGGCGGCUGCCCAGCUGGCCCUGCGACACAUCAACGAGCAGCAGGUCAUCCCCGGCCACACCCUCGUCAUGUUUCACAACGACACACAGUGUGACAGUGGCAGUGGAGUGGAUGCCUUCUUCCACGCUAUCUACACUUCACGAGCCAAGAUGAGGAUUCUGCUUGGCGCUGCGUGUACUGAGGUUACGGAGAGCCUCGCCGCUGUUGUUCAUUACUGGAAUAUCGUGCAGGUAUCCUUCGGCUCGGUGUCCCCUGCUCUCAGUGACCGAUCGUCGUUCCCUCGCUUCAUCCGCACGGUGGCCCCAGACUCCUCACACAACGCCGCGCGCCUCGCCUUCCUCACCCACCACUCCUGGAGCACCGUCACCACCAUCUCUGAAAACCACGAUCUCUACACGCUGGCUCUGAAUGAACUAAUGCCGGCGCUGGAGGCUGCCAAUAUCUCCCUGCAGGCCACCGUGACUCUCUCUUCCGGGGACUACAUGGAGCACCUGCACUCCCUCAAGGAGAAGGACUGUCGUAUCUUCAUCGCCAGCUUCUCCGCUACUCUCGCCAGGAAGGUCUUUUGCCAGGCGUACCAUCUAGGCAUGUACGGAUCGGACUACGCGUGGGUUCUGUCCGGCGCCCCGCAAGACAGCUGGUGGCGGGACACUUCUGGCACCAAUUGCUCGUCUUCCCAGCUGGUGGAGGCGGUGCAGGGCGUAGUGCUGGUGGCUGCUCACGGCUCCAUCAUCGGCACCAAGGCGUCGGAGUCAGGCCUGACAAACAGCCAGUUCCUUCAAGAGUUCUCACGCACGGGGCAGCCUCUCACGGAAUACGUCACACACACCUAUGAUGCUUUGUGGGCCAUCGCGCUCGCCCUCCGCCAGAUGGGCGUGGAGGCGGCGCGGGAGGAGGCGUCACGGCGGAAGCAGCGUCGUCACUCCGUCAAGAGGGAGGUUAACUCGGCCCGGCUGGAGAAGAUCGCUCGUGGCCCUAGGAAGCAGGAUGACCAGGCGUGCAGCUCAGGCGUCCACAAACUCCCUGGCAACUCCACCAAACCCACAAUGAGCUGGAUACUGGGUCGCCUGGCUAAGCUGCAGGACGCCCCACCGCCAGGAACUCUAUUGGCGCCGCGAGAAGAGAAGCGCCAGCAGGAGGUGGUGGAGGUGGAGGUGGUGGGUGGUGCAGGUAGUGGUGGAUUCCAGCUUGACACCUUCGACUAUUCCCGCGAGGACUUGGCGGAUCAGAUGCUGGAGACUCUGCAGGCAUUGAGGUUCCGCGGCGUGUCGGGUCCAAUUUCUUUCGACUGUCCAGAUCGAGUAGGGGUGACCGCCUUCCACCAGGUGCAAGAUGGCGAGCCGGUGAAGGUGGCGCUGUAUCACCCGGAGGAGGCGUGGCUGGACCUGACGUGCCCCGGGUGCCGCGUGCUGGUGUGGCCUGGGGGGGAAGUGCCGACCUCCAGAGUGUUCAAACUGAGAGUAGACACCGUGGCCCCCGCUGCCUUUAUUAUCAUGUCCUCGCUGGCCACCAUAGGCAUCCUUCUCGCCCUCGCCUUCCUCAUCUUCAACCUCACCUACAGGAGACUCAAGUACAUCAAACUCUCCAGCCCUCGUCUGAACAACACCACUGUGGUCGGCUGUGUUCUUGUCUACACCGCUGUCAUCCUCCUUGGCCUCGACCACGCCACGCUGCCAGGCCCACACAGCUUCCCUAUCGUCUGCACUGCUCGAGCGUAUCUACUUUCCGCCGGGUUCUCCUUGGCCUUUGGUUCUAUGUUCACCAAGACCUAUCGAGUCCACCAGAUCUUCACCAGGUCGAACAGUGCCGGCGUGGUGAGAAACAAGCUUCUGAAGGACAAGCAGCUGAUCACUCUCAUCAUGAUCCUGCUCGCUGUGGACGUGGUGAUCGUCAGCGCCUGGGUGGCAGUUGAUCCUAUGACGAGACACCUCCACAACCUCACCUUGGAAGUGUCCAGGGAGGAUAGAGGAGUAGUGUACCAGCCGCAGGUGGAGGUGUGUCGCAGCGAGCACACGAGCGAGUGGCUGGGGGCGCUCUACGUGUACAAGGGCCUGCUGGUGGCUGUCGGGGUGUACAUGGCGUGGGAGACAAGACACGUCAAGAUCCCGGCCCUCAAUGACUCCCAGUACAUCGGCAUGAGUGUGUACAACGUUGUCAUCACCUCCAUUAUCGUCAUUCUCGCUGCCAACAUCAUCGGCGAGAGGACGACGCUGGCUUACGUUAUUAUCACCACCCUCAUCUUCACCUCCACCACCACAACACUCUGCCUCCUCUUCAUCCCUAAGAUUCUGGCAAUAUGGAGCAGGACGGAAGGAGACCCAAUAGUGGAAAGCAUGGGACUCAAGAUACAGUACAAUACUCGCAGGCUGCUGACGGAGGACAAGAGGGAGAAGUACUACAGGGCGGAGGUACAGAACAAAGUUUACCGCCGGGAGAUGCUGAAGCUAGACCAGGACCUUCAUAAACUGCACCGCCGGGUCGAGUCUCCUGCCAGCCCCACCUCCUCCAGCGGGUCUCUCGUCAAACAGGAGUCGAUAUCUUCAGGAGCCUCCAAUAAUUGCAGACGAGGGAGAAGAGCGGCAGAAGGAGCUGGUGACGGCGGCUCAGGGGACGGGGCAGCAGGAUGGGGCGCUGCAGGUAGUGAAGAUGGAGAGGCACGGGUGCUGAUGCUGGGGACGCGGCACACACAGUAUCUGCGGAGCGAUGAUGCCACCGUCAGGAGGGUAAAGAGGGAACGCAUGAACCGCUCUCUUCACCGCUCUCUGCCGUCCCUCCCACUCGGGUUCUCCCCUGAGAAAGUCCCGGAUACCCGCCUGCCGGCAGAUGGCGCUGAGGACGAUAGCGAGAGCGCUUCCUGUGGACGAUCGCAGGUGUUCUUCGAUGCCUUCAGGUUUCAUGAAGACCAGGAGGAAGCUCGAAGACAGGCGGAGGAGGACGAAUGUGACGAUGAUGAGAACUCUCCCAAACUUGGGGCUUUUCCCUCUUCCCCACAUCCACUCCAGCGCUCCCGCCUGGUGAAGAGGAGUCCCAUUAAGCCCAGACCUGAGCCAGAGGACGACGGUAUCGUUGACCUUCGCUACACCCUCAACUUCUCCACGCCGCUUCUACACGGCGUCACGGAGGCAGACCUUCCUUUCUCCAUCAGCACACACGUGCACCACGGCCCACGCGUGUCCUUCAGGGACCAAGACGCCCUUCACUACUACGAUGCGGGCCGGGAAAGGCGCAAGUCUUCGCUCAGUUCGUAUUCCAGCCCUGAGGUGCGCAGACCCAGAAAUACCUGUUCUUCCACGGACAUCCGGCUGCAGAUCGAGUGUUCCAACGUGUUGCAGGACGAGAAGCUGUCGCCCGUUGUGGAGUACCGAGUGAAUGACCUCGACGUUCUGUGUCCGAACAGCCAGAAGAAAGUCACUACUCAGGACACCGAGGAGUCCGUGAGUCCUGCCGAGAAAGAGGACGAGCAGGGCGGCAGCGCUACUGACCCCUGCAGACCCGCCUCCAACGGCGCUCUUAACCGGACACCGGCGACGGGGAACAACUGCCUCGAGCUGCGGCACGGAAGGUCACCCCAGAACAACUCAAGGAAGACAACGGCAGAGAACUCAGCGAUGUCCUCCACUGCCAGACCAGCGGGUCACAUAUUCUCCACCGUGAUUGUUCACCACGUGGCCAAUGUUCACAUCUAGUGCAUGGAGCGCGUCUACCAUUUCAGUGUGUGUCUGUGUGUGUGUGUGUGUGUGUGUGUGUGUGUGUGUGUGUGUGUGUG